ACACACGGUUAUUUUAUUUGAAGUGAAAGGUAGCAUCUCAUUUUGUGUCGACUUUUUUAAAUAUAUGUUUUAUUGUGUGUGUUAGGGGGGGGAUGGGGCAUUUUUACAUCGUAUGAUUUUAAACCAAUUAUUUUAGCCUAUGACGUAAUCAAAGUACGCCUUCUACUUCGGAGAGUUCAUUUCGAGCACCGGAAGUUGAACAGUGCCACUCCCCGCUUAGAGAGUUCUCUGUGUCUUUCGUGGGGCCAUCAUAGUAAAACAUGUUGAUACAUCGUCCACACUGGCUCACAACACAGAGAACCUGGCUAAUGCUGACCCCUGACCCUUGACCUUUAUGUCGGUCAGUAGAACGUCGACAUCUCCAUCGCCUUCAUCACUGCCCCGCGCCACCCUCCCUCACUACAGUGUAACAACCGGGUUCUCUCAGGGUACUUUUGAACUCCCGCGGUUCGAGGAACAAAGACACAGAGAGAGCCUCGAGUGCAAGCUAACGUCCCGAGUUCGACUUCUGAGUGCCAUCUCCGAUAGAGAACGCCACUAUUCCAGGUAUGAGAAGGAGGAGCAAAAGCAGCGAGGGCGGGACAAGGAGCGGCCCCGCGCCAGGAGACGUGCGUGGUACCGGAGGAGUAUCAAGGCCACACGGGUGCUGGCCAACCUCAGGAGUGCUCUCACCCUCUCCAUGGCUGUCUCACUGAUAGGCGCCGUGUGUUUGUUCACCGUGGGCUGUGUGAUCCGCUUCUACCUGAGCGGUAUCCUCAACCAGGGCCUGCCGGACGACCGUGGUGGUCAGAUCCCGUCUGUGUUCACCAGCCCGCUCGGUCAGAACAUCUGCCCCUCCUACCCAAGCUUCGCCCUGUCCAUGGACCUCAGCUCAUGGUUUUCACAGACGAGCCCGGCCCAGGACCCCCCGCAAGGAGAACACUGGCAGUGGCAAGUCCCCUGAGACAAAACCGCAACGCAAACACACCUUGCACUCUCCUCCCCGAACGUUCCAGCCUGUGGCUAUUGUCUCCUCGUGGGUCAGCUCUGACAUCACGAGGGUCAAUUCCACCGAGAUCUGGUGACGCCAAAGCUACACAUGAGGCCUGGUGGCGCCACAGUCUACCCAUCACAGCCGCCAUUUACCUAUUUGAUAUCUGAUCACAUUUUUUAAAAACAACGAACAAGACCUCGGCUUAGAUCUGAUUCCUAUGUCUGUGUUGUUUUUCUUGACGAAGAAAUCCUGAGUCAGACACCCGUGCUUUGUUCA